AUAUCAAUCCAACUCCCCGGAAUCGAAAUUCGCCCACCGCUUUCUAUGAUCUCCUUCAAGCUUCCAUAAGCUAAUGGUUUCGCGCAGAGUGAGCGGACUUGAGAUUCAGCAAUGAAAGGCGUCUUCUCGGCGCCUGGCGAUUACAUCUACUUCAAGUCUCAGGUCCCUCUUCAUAAGAUCCCUAUUGGGUCAAGACAAUGGCGAUAUUAUGAUUUUGGCCCUAGAGUGGUUCCUCCACUCAUCUGUCUUCCUGGUAUAGCAGGAACAGCUGAUGUAUAUUACAAACAAAUCAUGUCAUUGUCCAUGAAGGGCUAUCGUGUAAUUUCGGUAGAUAUUGCCCGUGCGUGGAACCAUCGUGAGUGGAUUCAAGCAUUUGAGAAGUUUCUGGAUACUAUUGAUGUUCACCAUAUACAUUUAUAUGGCACAGCGCUUGGAGGAUUCUUAGCACAACUAUUUGCUCAGUAUCGCCCACGACGAGUUAAGUCACUGCUACUUUCGAAUACAUUCUUGGACACGUCUAGCUUCUCUGCUGCUAUGCCGUGGGCCCCAGUUGUUGGCUGGACACCUGCUUUCCUACUGAAGCGGUAUGUCCUGACUGGAAUCAGAGAUGUCCCCCAAGAACCAUUUAUUGCAGAUUCUGUGGAUUUUGUUGUUUCUCAGGUUGAAACACUUUCUAAAGAUGACCUGGCUUCUAGAUUAACAUUAACUGCAGGUGCUGCAUCAGUUGGACCUCUUCUCCUUCCAGAUUCUUCUAUCACCAUAAUGGAUACAAAUGAUUACUGUGCAACCCCACAACCACUCAAAGAUCAAGUUAGAGAAAGGUACCCUGGUGCCAGACAAGCUUACUUAAAGACCGGUGGUGAUUUUCCAUUCCUUUCACGGCCCGAUGAGGUGAACCUUCAUCUCCAGCUACACUUGAGACGAGUUGGGGUUGAACCACGACCGGACUUGGCUAAGAGCAUUCCAAGAGAUGGUAACGAGGGGAGCUCAAACGAGCCUAAAAAUGAAAGUGAAGAUUCCGACGACCAAUCAAGGGAUAAUAAUAGCAACUUGGAUAGCCCCUAUGGUGCAGAUGAACCGCCCCUUGCUCCUGAAGGUACAGGCUCGCCACUGGCCCCACAACAAGGUACACAUUCUCAUUUGUUAGAGAAUCAACUUCUGUUCUUGCUUCUAGUUCAGAAUAUGGCAUCUAAGAGUCUUCUUCUACACUCUGCCUCUGGGAAUUCUGCUUUAAUACAAAACUCAUUGUUUGGAGUCUUGGAUGCUUAGCUUAGUAUAGAAUGAAGAUGAAAUUCUCUUGUACAUUAUUUUGGUCACGUAAGACCACCCGACAAAAUGCAUACGCGCGAGUUGAGCUGUUCGAAAGAGUUUGUUAUUUAUACGGUGCUUUGUAUCUUUGUGUAUCUCCCAGUUUCAAAAUGUUCAAUUUUGGCAUGUAUAUCAGAAUUUCUGUCCCCUGUUUUAGUUUUUUUUUUCCUUUAGUGAAAUAAAAUAAAAUAUUGGUUGUGAACUAUGAAACCAUGACAUUGAACAUGAUCAAGUAAAAGUCAUCAUUGGGU